AUGGCAGGUGGGGGGAAGUGGAAGUUCUACGCAGUAGCUGCUGGACGCGUACCUGGCGUGUACACAGAUUGGCCGACUACGCAAGCGCAAAUUAGCGGCUUUAGUGGCGCAAAACACAGGGGCUUCAAGACGGAAGAAGAAGCCCUGGCUUUCGUUCGCGGUGUCAGCGCACCCAUCAGCUUGCGAGGAGAUCUCUCUGCAUCCACAUCUCCGUCAGCGACAGGUAAUAUGGACAGGAGUACGGACAUAUCGGAAAGUGCGCCCAAGCGGCAAAAGAAGGAGAACGCGUCGCCGGCGUUGAUUGCACACAACCAGGACAUCAAGAUCGAGCCUGGCCUUGGCCCACUCCCGCUAGACGCAAUAGACGGUUUCGACCCAAACAUAAAGCUAGAUGAGCAAACGGGCAACAUCAGACAUAAAACGGGGGACGAACUUGGUAAGAGGAAAAGGCAGCCGACAGGAGACUUCAAAGGCCCAGUGGUUGUAUACACGGAUGGUGGUUCGCGGGGCAAUGGUUACAAAGGCGCAAAAGCCGGUUGCGGUGUUUACUUCGGUCCAAAAGACGCUAGAAAUGUUCAAGAACCCCUAAGGGGUGACCCCCAGACCAAUAACCGAGCUGAACUAGUCGCAAUGGCCCGGGCGAUCGACCACGUUCCCAUAGAUCGCGACCUACACAUCAUCAGCGAUUCCCAAUACUCUAGGAAUUGCCUUACAGAUUUUGUAGCGGGCUGGGAGAAAAAUGGCUGGAGGACCGCCAAGGGCAAAGACGUGGCGAACAAGGAAAUUAUCCAGCCCAUUCUAGCAAGGAUACGGGAACGUGAGAGAUGUGGAGCAAAGACGAAAAUUACCUGGGUGAAGGCUCACAAUGUGGAUCAAGGUAACAUCGCAGCCGAUGCGUUUGCUAAUGAGGCUAUGGACAGGUGGACCACUGAGCUCGCAUCAGGAGAAGUCUUCGACAUGUCAGAGACCCUCCGGACAAAGUACAGAAACCCCAACGAUCCCAAGUCGGAAUUCGGUGACGGGGAAGACUUUGAUGAGUUAUUCCGCGACAUGGCAGAUGAGAAUCCAAAUGGAUUUGUGGGCGACCCGUUGGCCCAAGACGUUCUUCAGCCAUCUGUUGACGUAGGCCAAGAUGCUGUAGAUGCUGCGCAGGAACUUGACGAUGCAUGGGCCGAUCAUCCGGAACUUCCAUCAAAUAUGAAUGGUGAGGAGAAGAAGGAGACCGAGCUCAAAGUCAUUUGCUAG